AUGUUAGCUAGAAAUGUGUGUGCAAUUAGUCUUAGACGAUGUUUCCGUACGUUUAAUUACUUACGUGAGAGCGCUGCUGAUGAAAUGCCAGUUAAUAAUCCUUUUCAACUCAAGCCAAUACAAUAUGAAAGCCAUACUCUACGCAAACAUGAUAAUGCUAAACGACAGAGGUUGUACGAAUUUGGUAUCUACGUCGCAGCUUGUAUGCCCAAAUAUGUCCAAAAGAUUCAAAUGCAACAUACAGACGAGCUGGAAAUAUUAAUUGCCCCUGAAGGAUUUCAUCCGGUUUUGACGUUCAUGGCUUAUCACCAGCAUGCUUGCUUCAAUCAAUGCUCUUUUGCUACUGCCAUAGAUGUACCUAGUAGGGUAUUCAGGUUUGAAGUCGUAUACAAUCUGCUUAGCUUACGGUACAGUGAGCGAGUGAGAGUAAAAACUUACACAGACGAGCUCACUCCUUUACAUUCAGCUGUGAGCUUAUGGGGAAAUUGUAAUUGGUUAGAAAGAGAAAUAUACGAUAUGUUUGGAAUAAUUUUUACUAAUCAUCCUGAUUUAAGAAGAAUUCUUACUGAUUACGGUUUUCAAGGACAUCCUCUCCGAAAAGAUUUUCCCCUCACAGGCUAUAUUGAAGUUCGAUAUGAUGAUGAACUAAAAAAAAUAGUAUACGAACCUGUUGAAUUUGCUCAAGAAAUGCGAAGCUAUCAACUAGAAUCCCCAUGGAAUUAUUUAAAAAACUUCCAUGGAGGUUUUAAUUGUCCUGAAACUGAAAAGAAA